AUGACCGAGGAUCAUCGGGGCAAGGUGCCAAGCUGGGAUGGGGAUCCCAAGACUUGGAGGACGCACAGGCGGAAGGCCCUCCAGUACCAGGAGGGCACCAAGAGGGAGGACAGGUACCUGUGCGGCCCGCGGCUGGAGGCGAAGCUCACAGGCCGGGCCGAGAUCGCGGUCGAGCGCUGCAAGGCUGGGUGGCUCUCCAGGCCGGACGGCGUGGAGCGGCUCUUGGCGUGGCUGGAACGCAGGUGCUCUCGACAGGCUGUUCCAGACGUCGGCCAGGAGCUCGAGACGUUCUUGAUCAAGACGAAGCGCCGCAAACUCGAGCCGAUGCAGCAGUGGACGGACCGCUUCGAGACAGGGUACCAGUACCUCAGGCGCGCGUUGGCACGCGCGCUCGGACACACAGUUCCAGUUCAGGUUGCUUCACCGUGGAGGAGGUCAGAACGACCUUACCGUUGGAUCGAGGUCGAACGUGAUGGGCCAUUCGAGGGUAGCGAAUGGACGUGGGAGUACACGGACGGCCUGCCAGACGACGAGAAGGAGGAGUCGCACCACUGGAGCGCUGCCGACCAGGACGCGGACGCCGAGGAGGAGCUCGGGGACAUGCCGGAGGUGUUCCCUAGCCUGGUCUUGGGCUGGCUGAUGCUCGUGCGGUCGGGGCUCGACUCGCGCGAGAGGGCUGCCAUCAUCAUGACGGCGACGGGCGGCUCGCUGGAGGUCAACAUCACCCGGGAGAAGCUGAUCUCGAGCUGGGAGGACGACGACCUGGCGGAACGCGACGGGCACUCGAGGUUCCCGAAGGCGUACACAGCUCAGCUUGGAGAAAAUGAUCGUACUUGGCUUGACGGAGACGAUGGGCCAGACGCGAGCAGCUUCGCAGCCGACGUGGAGAACUGCGAGUGGCAGGAGGAAGACCCGGGCCAGGAGGAGGCGAACGAUGACGACAUCGAGACAUACUUGGCGGCUCAGCAGGAGGAGGCGGAGGCGCUCGCGGCGAUCCACACCGCCCAGCGCACCUUCCGCCAGGCUCGGGAGGCCCAGGCAGACAGCCGGCUGAGCAGGGGCUUCUACCGUGGAGGAGCUGCAGGCACGCCGGAGGCGAGCGCGAAGGUGGCUGAGUGCAGGAAGGAGCUGAAGUUCAACCUCGUGGCCUCGCUGGUCGCCGAGCAGGAGCCCCAGGACUUGAAGUGCGAGGCGAUGUUCGCAGACCAGGCCAUCCGCAAGGGCAAGGGCAUCGUCGACUUAGGGUGCACGGACGCCAUGGGUGGUGAACGUGCGCUGGACACCGUGGCCCGCAAGAACAUGGAGAAGUACGGCGACGCCAGGCUGCUGCAUGUGAACCUGGACUACAGGCCAGUCUACAGCUUCGGGAACGGCGAGAAGGAGCGCGCCUACGGACAGGGCGACAUUGCCAUCAACGGCUUCUCGAAGGAUGUCCCGAUCCUGGUGUCCAAGAAGGUUCUGAAGAAGCUGGGAGCCGUCGUGGACUGCGAGACUGGGGUGGCCGUGUUCGUGAAGCUCGCGCCGGACAUCCCCGUUCAGCUGGAGGAGUCACCUGAUGGAGGACACUACUACAUGAGCCUGGUUGACGACUUGCUGGAGCAGCGCGUCAGGGACCAGAACCAGCUGCGGAACUUCAAGACCAUCUGCGAGAACAUGCGUGAGUGGGACCGCAAGCCCGUGGCCGCAGUGUGCCAGGGGCCAGACAGCAGCUCGGAUGUUCGGGCUGAGCAGUUGGAGCGCUACAUGCAUCCAUCUCAAUUGGAUCACAGCUCGAUUCAGCAGGUGCGUGCAGAGGUCAGUCAUGUGAUCAGGGUUGCCUCACAGUUGAUGGCAGAAUUCAUCGCAACAGUCGGUCACAGCCUCAGAUGGGUCCCGCAGUUGAAGAUAGUGUCCUUCGCAGUGUUCAUUCUCAGUCUCAGUUGGGCCCCGCAUCAGGUCUCAGAGCCACAGUUCCUCGCAGAGUUCAGGUGCCGUCUCAAGUUGGUUCCACAGUGGGAGAACCAGAGGGCCCAGCUGCACUUCCAUGGCCGUUCGGGCUCGAGCCAGGCAAGUUCAUUCGAGUCGACAGCGACCGACAGCAUCCAACCACCAGCAGUUCCAGAUCCACCAGAUCUUCCAUAUCUCAGGCCGAAGGCCGUCGAUGUCAGUAAAGGGAUGCGCUGGGGUAACCUCAUCCGCGGGGCGGUCCAGCUCACCUGCGCCAGGAUCGCAUGCUCGUGCAAUGCGGCCACUUCAGAUGCCAACGCGGAGGUACUUCAGCUACUUCAGGAGCUUGGCCUGCCGCGCAGUCCGGCCUGGGGCGUGGGCGAGCUGAAGCAGGUCCUCAAGGAGCACGUGUUUCCGAAGGACGAGACGCCAGCGCAGGUGGCCAUGAAGGGCCUCAGCUCGAUGAAGAAGUCCCAGCUGUUGGCGAAGGCCGAGGAGGUAGGCGCCCACGUGACGCAAGGCAUGGCGAAUCCGUCACUCAAGCUCUCGAUCCGCAAGGCCAUCCUCAUGAAGCACACGCCGGGGCCGACCGACUACAUGGGCUUCGGGAAGCACGGGGCCGUGACCUACCAGCAGGUUCAGAGCCAGUGCCCGUCCUACGCGUCCUGGUGCCAGAAGGAGGCGAACAAGGAGAGCAGCUGGGAGCUGGCCCGGUUUGUCUCGUGGCUCAACGAGCAGGAGAACAUCGACGAGAAGGCGGAGGUGACCAGGGAUCCGAUGGAGGUCCCGAAGGAGCCGGUCAAGGCUCGAGGGGGCGCGAGGUCAUCCCGCAGGAGGACGGUGGACGCGAUCAUGGAGGACGAGAUCGAGGAGCAGGAGAAGCUCGAGGCUGCGAUCAAGGAGCAGAAGGAGGAGAAGGAGUCCAACCUCUUGGUCCAGCAGCAGAUGCUGGCGGCGCUGAACCAGCUCAACCAGAGGAUCGGCCAGCUGGAGGACCAAGCGAGCUCAGCCAGCUCCAACGCUGGGAGCUUCGUACCAGAGCUGGACCCCAGGAAGCAGCGCUGGCUCGCCAAGUGCAUCAAGGAGAACGGCCACUUGGAGGACUACGAGGCGCUGAUGGCUCACGGCGGCACUAAGCUGAUGGAGGUCGCAUGCAGCCGAACGUCCAUCCUGGGCACGAAGAUGGCGGAGAAGUUCGGCGAGGACGCUGCAUGUCGCAUCAGUGCUUGGAAUGGUUUCGAGCUGGGGACCCCUGGCGGCAACCGGAGGGCUCGAGAGGCACGUGAUGAAGCUGAACCAGACCACCUGUGGAUCAGUGCGAGGUGCGGCCCGCUAUCGAACCUCGCCCUCGGCUUCAACGGCUCCAACCCCAUCAGGGCCGAGGCCACCAGGAAGCGCAGGUUGCAGGCCAUCAAGGAGUACAAGGGCGCGGUGCAGCUGAUGUACGACCAGGUGGCUCAAGGCAAGCAUGUACACUGGGAGUGGCCCAUCAAGUGCGAGGGCUGGGGCCACACGAUGAUCAGGAAGAUGGUGGAGGACUGUUCGAUGACUGUGGUGAGGGUGGCAGGCUGCCAGCUCGGUGUGAAGGACAAGAAGGGCCUGCCGCUGCUGAAGGAGUGGCUGAUCGCUGCGACGUCUCCAAAGAUGGCCGCUAGGAUGUCCCUGGAGUGCUCAGGAGAUCACCGACAUGGGGGGCUCACAGGAGGCGGUCUCACAGCGGCCACCAGCUACUACCCGGACGAGUUUGCAAGGCGAGCUGUUCGUGCGAUGAUCGAGGAGGCCGCGCCAGACUACCACGAGUUCCCGAGGUGCUUGGCAGAGCCCGAGGAGGUGAUCGACCAGGCGAUGGCAGCCAAACAGGAGGAGACGAAGAUGAACACCGACGUGAACUCGAAGGAGUACCAGCAGAUCAUGAAGUGGCUCACCUCGAUCCACCGUGGCUCAGGUCACAGCUCGAAGGCCUCCAUGCUGAACGCGCUUCGGAGGAAGGGCGCCAGCCCACAGGUGCUACAGGUGGCCCAGGACUUCCACUGCGACGCGUGCGAGGAGGCGAACAAGUUCAAGCCUACGCAUCCGCCCGACAGCUUAGAGGCCAUCCCGCCGAAGUGGAAGCACAUCCAGGCGGACCAGUUCGAGUGGGAGCACCCGCAGACGAAGGUCAAGUCCAAGAUCUCCCUGGUCAUAGACGAGAACUGCAGGGUGCGCGUUAGCAAGCUGCUGUACCACAUGGUUGGCGAGGACCGGCACAGGAAUCCUGUAUGGGCUGACCUCGAGCUGUUCUACGAGGAGCGCUGGAUGCCCUACUUCGGCAAGCCGCAGAGGGUAAAGGUGGACCCCGAAGGAUCCUGGAUGUCCAAGCAGGCGGCUGAGUACUUCGAUUCCGACUCCAUCGGGUACGAACCCAUACCUGGCCGGGCUCAUUGGCACAUCUCCCUCGCCGAGGAGGCCAUCCAGGCCGCCAAGGGGACCAUGGACAAGCUGGUGGCGGAGAACCCCGAGAUGACGACGGAGGAAGCCCUGGCAAGGGCGACCGCAGCUGGGAACUCACGUGAAGAUGUUCGAGGAUACUCACCCCUUCAACAUGCCCUAGGACGGGCACCAGACCUGGAAGGACAUUUCUUUGAGAGCGACUUUGACGAGCUGCCCUACGUGGAAGCCCAGAGGGUCGACGAGGAGUUCGGGGAGAACUACACCGGGAUGUACGCGGCCGAGCAGGAGUACCUGAGGCAGGUCUACAUGCAGCGCCUCAGCAGGGCGGAGAACGCGAAGAAUCAGGCGGUGAAGUCCGCGGCGCCGGGCAUGUGGGUGCGCUACUUCAGGAAGGAGAAGGGCGAAGCUAAGGGCCGCUUCAAGGGGCUCGCGAGGGUCCUGGCCACAGAGACGGCGCGACCGGUAGACGGAGACCUUGGCGAAGGACGUGUUCUACACCCUGGGCGUGCAGGAUCCGUGGUGUGGCUUGUGCGAGCCGGGCGUAUCAUCAAGGUGGACCUCUGCCAGAUCCGAGCGGCUUCCUCACGGGAGAUCGCCUACGCCGAGCUGAUGGGAGGCAAGGACACGCCCUGGACGGUCCACACCUUCAUGAAUCAGGCGCUGAACCACGAGUACCUGGACUUCACUGGCCACGACCCCAUCGAGAACGACGUGGAGAUCUCGACCUGGGAGGGACUACCUGACCCAGCCCCUCCAUUGAAGAAGGCCCGCACAGGACAAGCUGCAGGAGACGGCCAGACCUCAGGGGGCCGUUCCACACCACCAGUGCGGAAGCGGAUUCUCAAGAAAGGACACCACCCAGGAGGAGCAGCUGACCAAGUUCGAGCGUCUCGAGCAGCCCUGGCGGAGGAGCAGAUGAAGGAGAACAUGGCCCUCAUGGCGAAGUCCACUCCAGACGCCCGGGCAUUUUGGGCCCGCCAAGGUACGUCGCUGGAGGUCUCCGUUGAGGUUCCAUUGGAGGGCAAGCCGCUCAAGCAGGCCACGAGGCACAUGAGCACCUACAUGGCGAGCCAGCUGCGGAAAGGCAUGCGCGAGAUCUCGGAGAGGACGUUGGCCCCAGAAGAGGGGGCGACGUUCAACCAAGCGAAGGCCACGGAGGUGAACAACUACAUCGCGUCUUCGGUGCUGGAGACACUCCCACCAGGAGUGACCCCGCCUCCUGAGGAGAUCAUGAGAAAGAGGUGGAUUCUCGAGUGGAAGGUGGACGAGAACACGGGCGCGAAAAAGCCGAAGGCGAGGAUCGCUGUUCUGGGUUACAUGGGCCCCGAGUACGAGCACCGUCCGACUACCGCUCCAACCAUGACGAGAACUUCGAGGCACCUGGUGCUGCAGGCGAUGGCGUGGUUGGGCUUCAAGGGCUACAAGGCGGACGUGACGGGAGCUUUCACGCAGAACCGAGAGAUCCAGCAUGACCUGUUCGUGAUGCCCGUGAAGGAGCUGGCGGCGGCCCUGGGGAUGCCCGAGGGUGUUGCGAUGCGGCUCAGGAAGGCGGUCUACGGGCUCGUGGAGGCGGCGAUCGAGUGGUUCAUGACCGUGAGCGAGGCGCUGGAGGAGUUCGGUUGGACCCAGAUGAAGAUGGACCCCUGCGCGUGGGUGCUCUACGGUGACGCGCACGGCAAGGAUAACAGCUUCACCAAGGAGGCGCUGAAGGACUUCACGAACCCAGAGGUGCUGGGGGACCUGAUCGCGGCGAAGGGGGACCUGGACAUCAUAGCCAUUGCGGGUUCGCACGUGGACGACUUCCUGCUCGGUGGCAACGACGCGGACCCCAGGUGGAUCACCGCCCGGGAGCAGAUCGAGAAGCGCUUCAAGUGGAAGGCCUGGGAGUCGGAGGAGUUCAUGCAGACGGGGGUGCGGAUCAAGCAGCAGCCCGACAGGAGCUUCCGCAUGGAUCAGAGCGAGUACGUGAAAACCAUCGAGAAGGCGUACCUCACCCCGGAGCGCAAGAAGGCCAAGGACAUGCCGACCACCGACAAGGAGAAGGGCCAGCUGAGGGCUAUCUUGGGAGCCAUCGGAUGGAGGUCCGAGCAGUCAGGUCCCAUGCAUUCGGCCGACACCAGCCUACUGCUCAGUACAAUGCCCUCUUCCAUUGUGCAGACCGUCAACGCGACCAACCGCCUAGUUGAUCGUGUUCGUGAAUGUGCUGAUCUACCCGUGGUGAUCCACAUCCACUCUCAGUCGCAGGUGCUGGUGCCAGUGGAGUGGUCUGACUCUUCCGAGGCCAAUCGGCCCGAUGGGAAGUCCACAAAGGGCCUGGUGGCAGGCCUGGCACCUCUGAAGAUCCUCAAGGGCGACGAGACGGACGUGAGCGUCAUAUCCUGGAAGUCGGGCAAGAUCGAUCGUGGUUGCCGCAGUUCCGCGGCAUGUGAGACACGCUCAGCUGUGGACGCGGAGGACGAGCUGUUCGGUAUCAAGUUGCAGUGGCUGGAGAUCCUGGGCAACAACAUCGACUGGAGGAGUCCCGAGGGAGUUCUACGCAGACUGCCAGGAGCGGUGGUUGUGGACUCGAAGGGCCUGCACGACGAGCUGCAGACGACGGUCUACACCUUCAGGGGCAAGGAGAAGCGGACUGACGUGGAGGCGACGACGCUGAAGGAAGGGACGCAGGCGGCGAACAACUCGAUGCUCUGGGUACUUGGGGAUGCUCAGCUCGCCGACUCGCUGACGAAGGGGCACGAGCCGGGCCAGCUGCGGAUGUACUUCAUCAGCGGGCACCGCUGGAAGUUGUUCUACGACGAGAAGUACCAGAGUGCGCGCAAGUGGAAGGCAGCUGGGAUCCAGCCGUUCGAGCACGUGGGAGUUGGCAUUCUCAAGACCCCAGGUGGUUCAACAGUUCAUGUCAAUGCAGCUGCGUGCCCCGACUUCCCGCCAUACGAGGUCAUGACCGAGUGCAGUUCAGUCGAGGAGGUAGACUUAAAUAUGCUCAGCUUGGAGGACCCUUAUCUGUGCAAUUCCGAAUACGAGCAAGCCUGA